AUGACCGCCGAAGAUAAGGCCAACAGCUUCUUGGCACAAGGUGAGAAGGCGCUAAAGAAGACGUCCUUCUUCUCCUUUGGCUCGAGCUCGCAGCGCAAUGAAGACGCCAGUGACUUUUUCGAAAAGGCUGGUAACCAGUUCAAGAUCGCCAAGAACUGGCAGAAGGCUGGUGAAGCGUACGAGCGAUGCGCGCGCUGCCAAGCUCGAAUGAAAGAAAACUCGCGUGCCGCCCAGUUUUACCAGCACGCGGCAGAAGCUCUUGGCAAAGUGAAUCCAAUGGACGCUAUGGUGCACUACAAGACAGCCAUCUCGAUGUUGUGCGAUGCCGGUCGGUUUUCGAACGCUGCCAAGCUACAGAAGCAGGUGGGCGAGCUUUACGAACAACAGGGCCACAAGGAAGAGGCUUUAGAGGCCUAUCGCCAGGCUGCUGACUACUUUGCUGGAGAGAACCAGUCAUCUUCGGCCAACAACAUGCUGCUGAAGGUGGCGCAGUUUUCGGCCGAGCUGGAAAAGUUCGACGCGGCGCUGGAAAUCUACGAGAGCAUCGCGAAGUCGUCUAUGGAGUCAAAUCUGCUGAAAUUUAACGCCAAAAGUCACCUGCUGAAUGCCGGUAUCUGUGCGCUAGCCACGAAGGAUACGGUGCUGGUGCAGAUGAAAUGGGACGAGUUCCAGGAUAUCGACUACACUUUCGCUGACAGUCGUGAGGGCAAAUUUCUGCAGCAAAUGAACAAGAGUUACGAGGCCUUCAAUGCUGACGCGUUUGCGGAUGCGGUCUUCCAGUAUGACACGAUUUCGAAAAUCGAGCCGUGGAAGAUCACGCUGUUGCUGCGCGUUAAGGAGGGUAUCGUUGGCGAGGGCGAUGCGGCGCAAGACCUGACUUAG